AUGUGCCAAAGUUUAACGAACGGAAGAGGUGGUCGAAGGGGUGGCAAAGGAAAAGGAAAAAGUAAUCUUCAAUUCGCCCAAGUUGCUGAAUUCUCAUUAAUUCAAACUGCCUUAGCAGAUAAUAGAAGCGCUCAAAUACUGACUGGUUCACAUUUCAGUCAAACCUUUAGACUUGGCUAUAAGCUAUUAUUGAUUUGUAAAGCACGGGGUGAACCGCGACCAACGAUAAAGUGGUACAAGGAAGGUGCAGAAAUAUAUCCGAAGCCAAACAUUCAUUAUUACGAGAAGAAGUUGCAAGAAGACGUUCUAUGGAGUAAGCUAGAGAUAGAUCCAGCAACGAUGGGUGAUCAAGGAGUUUAUGCGUGUGUGGCAAACAACCAGCAUGGAGUUAUGGCCAAAAACUUUAAAGCAGAAUAUACAUAUUAA